AUGAUAUUAUUAAUAUGUGCUUUAUUUUUCCUGGGUGCUGUGUCUGGACUCCCCUCCCAAUGUGAUCUCGGGAUGUGGAGGGCUGACCCCGCGGACUGUAGUAAAUUCUGGAUGUGUGUGGUGGGUAAACCUGCCGAAUUCAAGUGUCCAUCCAACACAGUGGUCAACCACAUGAUGCAGGCGUGUGUGCCUUCUGGAUCCUACCUGGAUAUUUGUUCAAAGAAACAGCCAUCGAUGACGGAGAAGAAAGCAACGACGAAAACACCCCUUACCCCCAAACCAACCACCAAGAAACCACUUGUCAAUCCCUAUACAGAAAUGUGUAAAUACACGCCCACAGCUCUACUUCCUCAUCCCGGAAGUUGCGCUCAACACGUAGACUGUUCCAUGGUCACGAAAGGAGUUAUAGGAGUGUUUGAAUGUCCUUUCCCGACUCUCUGGAAUCCAGAAACAAAACAAUGUGAUAACGCUUUAUCUGUGAAAUGUGGGACCAGAUGGGAACCCAAAGAUCCAUGUGAGUACAAUAGCAAUAUUUGUAAACAAUCUGCCCACUGUAUUCCGUGUGAGGUGAGAUUCCCUAGCUGUAAGGGGCGCCCAGACGGGAUUAACGCUUGGUCUAGCCGGGAGCGGACCCCGUAUUUUGUGGUGUGUGAGAAUGAACGACUUGUUCACCAAGGACAGUGUACAUAUGACGAGGAAACAUCCCAUAUUAUUUUUGAUCCAGUGGAGCGUGUCUGUGUUCGACUGUAA